GCGCGCGCCCUGUCACAGACUAACGUUCUGCUUUAUAUUUAUAUGUGCACUUAUCAUUGGUUCUUUUAAUUUUGUUACGCUGUGUCGUUUUAAGUGAACUUUUGUUACAUUUCUAACGGACUGAUUCGCUAUAUCCUGUUCGCCGCCGGUUUUAUUUUUAUGUAUCAUGUGACUUGAAAACACGUCAUGGAAGAAGAAAAUACGAACAAUACCGUCGAAGUUAGUGCCGCACCGUCUAGUUCUGAAGUCGCUGAACUGAAUAAUCAUGAAGAACAAAAACCCGUGUGUAAUAAAGUUAAUGAAAAUGGUGAUAAUACUAUCGCAACAAUUAAAGAAGAAAGUGAUAUAAUCGUAGAGUCAUUUCAAAACUGUAAAAGUGAAAGUGUAGAUUUUAAGGAGUCAUUCGUAGAGAACGGUUUGUGUGAAGCGAUCGAUGAAGUGCGCUCAAUAUGCGAUCUAGAUAGCUUACCGGCUGGUGAUGAAUUAGUGCUCGGAGCUGCGGGCAGCGACAGUGGAGUAGAAGGGUGUGGACGAGCGCUCAGUAGUGGAGGUGGAUCUCGGUCCUGCGCUUCAAGUGUGGUUUCCUGUGGUUCGGGUUGCGGGUCAGAAAGCUCUUCGCUCGCAGGUGCUCCGCCUCGACCCCGACGACGAGUUAACGUCACCGUAGCGGAGCCAAAAAGAAGUUCCCCAGUAGGUUCAUCAACGCCACGACCAGUCACGGCACCGCGUGGACCUAAUCUAGCAACACGUGAGCGCGCGAGAAGUAGAGAAAAACCUACACCCCCAGAAAAACCCCGACCCCUGACACCCAAACCCCGAAUAAGGCCAACAACCGAUCUUCCUAAUCUAGUCCGUGAAAGUCCAGCUUUACGUGCCAAACCUACAAAAACUUCUACAGCUAGAUGUAGAACGCCAAACUCUCCAGUCGACGAGAAAAAGUGGCCCACCAACGGGCAGCGAUUGUCGACCGCUCCAGACGUGUCUGCCACAAGAGUGGCUGCCGAUAAAUAUGGAACGUUGCCACGAAGGAGGCGAGAUGUUGAACCAGAGUCUUCCCCCAAACAUGAAACUACACCACCGUCAUCCAGGAGACCCACAGUAUCGCGAUCUGCCUCAUCAAGAUCCGCAACUAAAACUCGCGUAAGAAUAUACGCUGAGAAAGUUUCCCAGACUGUUAUGGUCGGGACCGAUAUAGAAUCCGCUCUAGCGGGAAUCGUGCCAAAUAUAGAAAGCCGCAUCGACGUAACGCGAUGUCACCGUGGAGUGCAAGCUAGUGCUCGUGACACGGAUAUCGCGCGACUUGUCGCAGCGGCGGCAGUGGCCGAGGCGGCGGCGACAGAGGAGCGCGAGAGAAGGUUGCACGUGGAAGCGCAACUAGCUGCAGAACGCGCUGCUAGAUUGGCUGCAAUAUCGGAGCUAGAGAGAAACUCGCAACGACUUUUGGAGCUCGCCGGUGCUGGCGCCGGUGCCAACGCAGACGGCUGCUUGCGAGUAUUGGAGGAGCAACUACGUUCGGCCGGCCAGCUGGCGACGCGACAACGCGGCGACAUCGACGCGUUGCGGGAGCACUGCGACAAAUUACAUGCGGAGGCAUGCAAUGCUCGGGAGACCUCGAGGGUGCUACAAGCGCGAUUAAGUGAGGCGGAACGUGAAGCAGCCGAAAUGCAAGACUUCCUCGCCGCGGAGACCGGCGCGUUAAGUGACUCCUUACGUGAUGCAGAGGCCGAAAUAGCACGUCUGAAUAUCGAGCUAGAGCGCAGACGCAGCGAGUGCCGUCAGCUGGUGCGCAUGUGCGAGCAGCGGCGCCAGGAGGCGUUGGCUGCGGGCGCGAGGGCGAAAGGGGGCGCGGGUGCGGCGGCGGCACUAGACACGCUCUCACGACGCCUGCGGGCUCUGACAGAGGCCGUGCGCGCUGCAUACGCCCUGCCACCCCACGCCAUGCACCCCACCGUCUAUCACAAUGAGGCAUAUUGCAGUCGCAGCGACAGCGGCGAGACUCUGUCCCCAGAGGAAGACACCCGCGGAGGACUACUCGGCGCAGUGGCCCGUGCCCUGCGAUCCGCAGCCUCCGCCGCCCCUCUAACCCACAAUGCCCAUAACACACACUACGCCCAUGACGACGAGCGCUCCCGUGUGUCCGACGACAACGACAACUCAGCUGACUUGCUCGACUCGGAGACGGAACCGUGUCUAGUUACAGAUCCAGAAUGUGCGGAGGAAUGGUGGUCAGGUGCUGAAGGCGCAGGCGCCUGGAGCGGUGAAGAGCUAUCACCGGAAAGGGAGUCUUGCGGAGAAGGCGAUAAAGAAGCGGAAGGCGAAGGCUCAGCGGAGUCGCAGUCGAUGUCAGAGCGGGACUCCCUCCGCAACCUCUCCGCCGCCAUCGCAGCGCGCCAACGUUGGGAGGCCGAGGCGGAGGAGGCGGCGCGCGGCGCACUAUUAGAACGUGUGUUGGCGUUGGACCUACGACUUGCGGAUUUACUACGUGCGUUGGCAGCCGCAGCACAAGCCGCCAACAGUCCCGGCUCAAGAGCCCCCGACACACCCACAGCUGCGUUGGCGCACGCACUCAGGGAUAAAAUCGAAGUGACAGAGAAAAAUGUAGCGGACGUGGUGGUGAAAAAACUUGCUGAAUUAGACGCGUGCAAGAACCUCAUGGAGCAAUACCAGCACUCUAUAGAAGUUCUAAAAAGUCAACUGGCACAACGCGGUGAAGAGGACGAAAUAGAUUUAAUUGAACAAGAGAUAGAGUGCUGUGAUGAAGGUGAGCGUCGCCGUCGCUGCGAGGCAGUCGAGGCCGCGCUUGGAGCUCUGUCCCACGCGCCGCGCCUCUUGCCUCUUCGUCGCCGCCUCGAACGCCUCGCCUUAGCCCUCGCCGCCCCCCCGCCCGCUCACUCCCCGCGAGCGCCCACCGCGACGGCGCCUGCGCAGCCCGCCGCAUGCACUUAGAAACGUCUGAUAUCAAAAUGGCUACAACCCAUAGCCGUAAAGCGAGUUUAUAACAAAAAACUAACUAACAUUGACUAUUUUAGUCUGUUUCAUAAAUCGAUAAUAUUAAUUCACUGGUCUAACAGCUAAAAACCAUAAGUUUUUAUCCUAAAAUAAAAUCAAGCUAUAUCGAUUUUUGUACUUAACUUUAAAAACUGUCUGUUAAAUAGGCAGUAACUGGGAUUGGAAAGUGAAAACUACAUACAAUGUGCAUAUUUGCCUCGUAAGCCGAUGCGCGUCGCCAGUCGCAAUUCAUAACCAUGUCGCAUGUCAGUGACGUGACCUUAAAUGUUGUCCUUCAAAACA